AUGAAGUUCGUGAUUCUGCUACUCGCCUGGACGGCCAUCUCGUGUCAGGGAACUACUACUGAUAGAGAUGAUAUUGCUGGAUCAAAAGAAUCAUCGUUAGCCACAAUCCUACAGCCCCUGGAAGCGAGAAUCCGCAACGAUGAAGCUUUGUCCGACAGAAGGUCCAGAGAGCUGACCUAUUUCGGAUCUGGAUACAACUACAAUCCUUACACGACUCAGUACAAUCCCUACAUACGGCACAGCCAAUACAAUCCCUACAAUCCACAUGCUGGCGGAAUGCAUGGUUUCGGAGGUGCUGGUGAUCUUAAUGGUAUUGGGUUUGCAGGAGCUGGCGGCGUUCUCGGAGGAGGGUUUGCAGGUUAUGGAUAUCCUGGGAUCCAAACUGGAUACGGCAUGGGAAACGCCGGGUAUCCGUACCACAAUGGAUUGAAUGCGCUUCAAAGCCCUUAUGGUUACGGAAACCAGCUCGGAGGAUACUACAAUCGCGGACUUUACAUUUGA